GAAUGUGUGUAGGCACUCAUCCAUGAACAUAUGCAAGUGUGGCGUGUAGUAAAUAUUUUAUACAUUUUACUGAUAUAUACUACAUAUAUACGUAGAAAUAAAAGUUUAAUAUAUAAAAUGUCGAAAACCUGGAUAAUCGUUUUUAUUUCGCUACUUGUGUCGGCAUUAACAAAUGCGAAAUUUAUUGACCAUGCAGCCGAUCAAGCCGGCAUAGUUAUUCCAACGCCAUGGCUUUGUGGCGAAGAAAUGGGACAAUUUAUCUCUCUCGAAGUGUCAAGUUGUACGACGCAACCUUGUCAACUUUCGGCAGGAUCGUGGCAUGAAGUAUCCCCUCAAUUUUCUCCAGUCAAGAGCACGGCCAAGUUGGAGUACAUCGCGAAUUUCAAUCCGUAUGAUGGCACCUCACUUCAGAGGAUUUCUAACUCAUCCAUCCGAGGAAGUUACACGGCUGGUGGGAACUAUCGAAUUUUUUACCAAUUUCAGAUCCUGGAGUUUAUGCGAGGGAAACCUGGUCAAAUUUCAGUUCUCCUUCGCGACUCGAGCGACAAUACAACCUUUAUACAUCGAUGUUUUGACGUGAUUGUGUCAAGCUAGUGAGACAUGUAUAAAUACAUACAUAUGUAGAUACAUACAUAUGUAUAUUGAAUCCUUCGUAUACAAAUUUCAAAAAUCAUGAGAACUACGAAUCCCUUAUUAAUAAAUUUCUCUA